CAACAUGGCGGACAAAACUCCGGCUAAAAAAGUUCUUAAUUUUAACGUAGGCGUUCUUGGUCAUGUAGACAGUGGAAAAACUGCUCUAGCUAGAGCUUUGAGCACUACAGCAUCCACUGCCUCGUUUGACAAGAAUCCUCAAAGCAAAGAAAGGGGUAUAACUCUUGAUCUGGGUUUCUCUGCUUUCCAGGUUCCUUUCCCUCAACACUUGAAAUCUGACUCCAAGGACAACGAAAGCUCGUACGAUUUUCUUCAGUUUACUCUAGUGGACUGUCCUGGCCAUGCCUCUUUGAUUAGAACAAUAAUAGGUGGAGCACAGAUAAUAGAUCUAAUGAUGUUGGUUAUAGACGUGACCAAAGGAAUUCAGACUCAGACUGCAGAGUGUUUGGUGAUCGGCGAGAUCUUGUGCGAGAAAAUGGUCGUGGUACUUAAUAAGGUUGACCUCUUGAAAGAGGAUAAAAGGGAAAGUUUGAUAGAAAAGAUGAAAAAAAGAAUUAACAAGAUUUUAGACACCACACCCUUUGCCAAGAGCCCAAUCAUCUCAGUUGCUGCUAAACCAGGAGGCCAAGAGGACACAGAAACUGAAUCAAUUGGUAUCAUUCAGCUGGUAGAAAUGCUUACAUCAAUGACUUAUAUUCCUCAAAGAACAUCUUCUGGAUCUCUCCUCUUUGCUGUUGACCACUGCUUUUCUAUCCGUGGACAAGGUACUGUAAUGACAGGAACAGUCCUUAAUGGUAGCAUUAGCUUGAACGAUACAAUAGAAAUUCCUUCUCUCAAGAUCACCAAGAAAGUCAAGUCCAUGCAGAUGUUUAAGCAGUCUAUAAAGUGCGCCACUCAAGGUGACAGAGUAGGAGUAUGUGUCACACAGUUUGACCCUAAACUUUUAGAGCGAGGACUUGUUUGCAGCCCUUCAAGUGUACCGCUUGUUUUUGGUGGAAUUGUUUCUGCCAAAAAGAUUGGUUAUUAUAAAAGUGCAAUCACUGCUAAGUCUAAAUUUCACAUCACUGUUGGCCAUGAGACAGUCAUGGGUAGAAUUCAAGUAUUUGGGUUACCAAAAGGCGAGUCGCCAGGAGAGGAUGGCUUCAGUUUGGACAGAGAGUAUAUUUAUCAAGAAGAACUGGUCAACCUUUCAAAAAGCCAGAAUGAAACAGAAAACAAAGAGGAAAGUGUGAAGACGACAUCAAGUGCAGGAGAUGACCUUUCAGACCAUCAGUGGUUGAUUAUUGAGUUUGAAAAGCCAGUUGUAUGUCCAGAGAAUUCACUAUUGAUUGGUUCUCGCUUGGAUACCGACAUACAUCUCAACAUGUGCAGAAUAGCAUUUCAUGGAAAGCUUCUUCUCCCAUUUACAGACAAAGACUAUGCAGAUACUGUGCUGCCCCAGCUGAAGGUCUUCAAGAUAAAACACAGGGAAGGAAUUGUAGAGAGAAUAGUUGAUGACUACACUGUGAUUGGCCGAUCUCUCUUUAAAAAGGAAACCAAUAUUUCAACCUUUACUGGUAUGAAAGUGAGUCUCUCCAUAGGAGAAGAAGGCGUCAUUGAGGGAGGCUUUGGUCAAAGUGGUAAGGUGAAAGUCAGAAUUCCUGCAGGGCUUAAAAAAGAAACCAUUCAACAGCUUCAAGCAUCGGGAAAGAAGAAGAACACCAAAGGAAAAGCAGUAGAAUCUUCAUCUUCGACUUCAGGGGAAUCAACAGGAAGUAAGGAAGCUAUCAAAAUAAUCUUGAAAUUUAGAAGGUAUAUACAUGACAAAAAGAAAAGAAUGAUACAAACUUAACAAAAUUUAAUGAUUUUAUAGAGUGCAAACAAUAUAGAGUGCAAACAAUAUAGAGUGCAAACAAU